GACGAAUAUUAUUUAUAAGAGGAGGUAACUCUGAACAAUAACUGACGUUCAGGAACUGAUUAAUAAUAAACACUCCUUUAAAUCAAGAUUUAAAGCAGGUUAAAAAAACGCAAUGACUUCAUACAUGGAUCCAGAUAAUGACCCAUCUCUUCAUCGUUUGGAGGGAUCGUCAGGGGACCAGCCUGGAGGACUUGUCAUCAUGAAGAAGGGACCUUCAGCAGAGUCAGACAAACACUCCUUCAAAAAGCCAUCUUUGCUUGGCCUAGAUAAACUAGCAGCAGCUAAAAGACAUUCAGACAUUGUGGAAGAAAGUGUAAAGAAGAGGUCCAAAGUAACGUCUUACAGGGAUGAUUUUGAUGAGGACAGUAGUAGUAGUGAUUCCGACAGUGAGGAGGAAGAUAGAGAUAGAAAAUCAAAGAAAGAUAAUAAGAAAGACAGGCACUACCGACAAGCUCGAGUGGAGACACCAUCACAUCCUGGUGGUGUGAGUAAUGCUGUACGGGACAGACAACACGAUCGUUAUAAUAGAGACAAGGACAAGGGAGUGUAUGCUUCAUCAAAACAUCGUGAAAAGGAUCGGAGAAAGGAUAGAAAGGAUCGAGAUAGAGAUAGGCGACACGAUAGAGACAGAGACAGAGAUAGACGAAAACAUCGAGAUAGAGAUGGCGACUAUCGUAGUGAAAGGGGUUCACAACAUAGAGAUGGCUACUCUGACAGACGGUAUUCUGAAAGAAGUUCCCGUAGUUCCAGAGACUGGAGUGACACUCCACGCUCGAGAAAUGAGCCUGCCACACCCAAUAUCAGACCAAAAGAUACGCCAUCAAGAUCAGCCUGGGAUGAUGAUGAAGAUUUCACACCUCCUAAACGCUCGAGCUGGGAUAUGCUCACACCCAGUGUACAUGAAGACAGGGAGAAUGAUCUAGAUACGCCAUCUGAUUAUAGACGUUCAAAAAGUUCAAGAUCAAAGAAAUCCAGUAAGGAGACACCCUUGCCAACACCGUCCUAUAAAUACAAUGAAUGGAUGGAUGAUAAAAAACGAAUAAAAUAUACUCCAAAGGACUCCAGUAGACAAGAAAAAGAAGAUUUAGAGUUUGAAGAUGAUGAUGAGCGAGAGAACUGGGAGGCAGAACAGAAACGACUCGAUCGGGAAUGGUACGGUCUUGAUGAGGGCUAUGAUGAUCAGCAUAAUCCAUUCUCUGGUAUGUCAGAAACAUAUACAAAGAAAAAAGAAGAAGAAAUUGAAAAGCGGAAGAAAAAUCGAAUGUCUGCUAGGCAGAGGCAGAUAAACAAGGAUAUUGAGAAGUGGGAGACAAACAGAAUGUUACGCAGUGGUGUUGUGGAGAAGUUGAAUUACGAUGAAGACUUCGAGGAAGAAAAUGAAGCGAGAGUCCAUCUUCUUGUACAUAACAUCGUGCCACCAUUCCUGGAUGGGAGAAUUGUGUUCACAAAACAGCCAGAACCUGUUAUCCCUAUAAAGGAUCCUACAUCAGACAUGGCUGUGGUGUCUAAGAAAGGCUGUGCUGUAGUAAGAGUUCACAGAGAACAAAAGGAGAGAAGAAAAGCUCAGAAAAAAGAAUGGGAGUUAGCGGGUACCAGGAUAGGCGAAAUCAUGGGGGUCAAGAAAAAGGAGGAGGAGGAUGAACGUGAAGAGAGAGACUAUAAAGAAGAUUACAAGUUUGCCGACCUGUUACAAGACAAGACCGAAGCUGUCAGUGAUUUUGCUAAGAGAAGGACUUUGUCUCAACAAAGACAGUAUCUCCCUAUAUUUGCUGUCAGAAAUGAGUUAUUAAAUAUUAUACGAGAUAACAAUGUUGUGAUAAUUGUGGGUGAAACAGGGUCUGGGAAAACAACGCAGCUCACACAGUAUUUACAUGAAGACGGGUAUACAAAGUAUGGAAUGGUCGGCUGUACACAACCUCGUAGAGUGGCAGCCAUGUCGGUUGCUAAGCGUGUAUCAGAGGAGAUGGGAGUUAAGCUCGGAGAUGAGGUUGGCUAUGCAAUGCGAUUUGAAGAUUGUACAAGUGAGAACACGGUGAUAAAGUAUAUGACAGAUGGUAUAUUGUUACGAGAAUCUCUCAGGGAGUCUGAUCUCGACCACUACAGUGCAAUAGUAAUGGACGAAGCCCACGAACGUUCUCUUAGCACGGAUGUACUCUUUGGAUUGUUAAGAGAUGUUGUUGCUAGGAGACAGGAUCUGAAACUGAUUGUAACCUCGGCAACUAUGGAUGCUGGGAAGUUUGCUCAGUUUUUUGGCAAUGUGCCAACAUAUACAAUUCCUGGUAGAACAUUUCCUGUUGAUGUCUUAUAUGCUAAAAAUCCAGUGGAAGAUUACGUGGAUGCUGCUGUGAAACAGGCACUACAGAUCCAUCUGAUGGGGCUAGAAGGAGAUAUUUUAGUAUUUAUGCCAGGUCAAGAAGAUAUUGAGGUAACCUGUGAAUUAUUAGCAGAGAGACUAGACGAAUUAGAUGAAGCCCCGCCCCUGGCAAUUCUCCCGAUUUAUUCUCAGCUACCCAGUGACCUUCAGGCUAAAAUCUUCCAGAAAGCUCCAGAUGGAAUAAGAAAAUGUAUUGUUGCCACGAAUAUUGCAGAAACUUCACUCACAGUUGACGGUAUAAUGUUUGUGGUGGAUUCUGGGUACUGUAAACUAAAGGUGUUCAAUCCUAAAGUUGGUAUGGAUGCUCUACAAGUAUUUCCCAUUAGUCAGGCCAAUGCCAAUCAGAGGUCAGGCAGAGCAGGUAGAACAGGUCCUGGCCAAGCUUAUAGAUUAUACACAGCUCGACAAUACAAGGAUGAACUUCUCACAAUGACCGUGCCAGAGAUACAGCGUACAAAUCUCGCUAACGUUGUACUUCUCUUGAAGUCUUUGGGAGUUCAGGACUUGCUGCAAUUUCAUUUCAUGGAUCCUCCACCUCAGGAUAACAUUUUGAACUCCAUGUACCAACUGUGGAUCUUAGGGGCCCUGGAUAAUACAGGAGCUCUUACCCCCAUGGGGAGAAACAUGGUAGAAUUCCCACUAGAUCCUGCACUCUCCAAAAUGUUGAUAAAGUCACUGGAAAUGGAAUGCAGUGCUGAAAUUCUGAUAAUUGUAUCCAUGUUGUCUGUGCCGGCGAUAUUUUAUCGACCAAAGGGGAGAGAGGAGGAAUCUGAUGCAGCAAGGGAGAAGUUCCAGGUUCCAGAGAGUGAUCACCUUACUUACCUCAAUGUGUACCUACAGUGGAAAAGAAAUGGGUACUCAAGUUCCUGGGCAAACACUCAUUUCAUUCAUAUCAAGGCAAUGAGAAAGGUGCGAGAAGUUAGACAGCAGUUAAAAGAAAUAAUGGAUCAGCAGAAAAUGGAGUUGAUAUCGUGUGGGAAUGAGUGGGAUAUAGUCCGAAAAUGUAUCUGCUCCGCAUACUUCCAGCAAGCAGCCAGACUUAAGGGUCUGGGUGAAUAUGUGAACACUCGUACUGGAAUGCCAUGUCACCUUCAUCCAACAAGUGCUUUAUUUGGUAUGGGAUAUACUCCAGACUACAUUGUGUAUCAUGAACUGGUGAUGACGUCCAAAGAAUAUAUGCAAUGUGUUACAGCAGUGGAUGGGCACUGGUUAGCUGACCUUGGACCAAUGUUCUACAGUGUUAAAGAUUCUACUAAAACUAGACAGGAGAGAAAACAACAAACGAUUGAGGAGAUGGGCCAGAUGGAGGAUGAGAUGAGGAGGGCAGAGGAUCUCAUCAAAAUGAGGAAAGAACAUGCUGAGAGAAAGGCAUUGGGAUCUAAAAGGACUCAGAUUGUGACCCCAGGGAGAAGGGAACCUGGAACUCCAGCAUCAACACCUAGAAGAACACCAAAGUUUGGGAUAUGAUCCCAGAUUGUGAUGAAUGACUUGUGGUUUUAAACUGAUGUCAAGAUGGAAUGUAAUUCCAAAUUGAGUACAUGGGAUGUGAUUCCAAAAUGAAGAAGAGCGAUAAGAUUUGGAAUCACAUGACUGGAAAGUGAUCCCAAACUGUCGAUGGCAUGAAAUGUUACAAAUUAUACAACAAAGAAUGUUAUUUCAGUUUUUAUGCGACAGGAUAUGAUCUCCAAUUUGAACAAGUCUGAUUGUUUUAUGGGACAGAAGGUCUUCAAUUUGAACAAGUCUGAAUGUAAUUUCAUUAUUCAGACAGGAUAUGAUCUUAAAGUGAAAAGAAGAAUGACAUGACAUCAAAUGGGUGAAAAUGGUUUACAGUUUCAAAAUGAUGAGAUGAAGCAAACGCCUUACUGUAGGAAACAGGAAUGUGAUUCAGAAUGCAGGAGGCAGGAUGUGAAACUGCUUUUAAAUUAAAUAACUGUGAUAGUCUGAAUUUAAGAUGAUGACUUGAACAUGUUUCAUUUUCUCAUUCAUAUGUGUUGGGCACUGGUUUAAUUUGUUGGUUAACCAUACCUCAUUGUUUAAUUUUAUUGCUUCGGCCAAAACUGCUUUUUCAUGGGGAUAUGAAUUGGUGGAUUUUGACCUUUGAAAAAUGAAUGGGAAUUUUAGUGCUACAUUUGGAUUCCAUUUUGUGCAUCUGUUCAACUGUGAAACCCAUGAAAAUUGGUCCCCCACGGAAAUUAAUGAUUUCAUGGUAUAUCUGUGUCUAUAUAUUGUUACCCCCUAUGGAAAUACGCUCAAAGGGGCAACUCAGGAUAUUUAUCGUAGUGAUGACUUUUAUAAAGGCUUGAAACACGGUUAUAUUAUAAGGAGGGAUUUGAUUACUGUCGAUGAGAUUUCAGCUAAUAUGGGUAGAAACCAUCUGAAUUAUGGGUAGAUAUGAAUAGCAUUUAAAGAUUUUGGGAUUUGUCACUUCAGGAGAUGUUGAUGAAUAUUUAUGAAAUGAAUCUUCUAUUUAAAAGCACUGUCAGUUGGGUUAUACUGUGAAAAAAUGACAGUAGAUCUAAUCGGACACUGUGCAAGAAGUAUUUUAGCAGUAUCAGAUAUUUAUGUCACUGAAGAUGUGUAAAACUGAACUACGCAUAGUAAAUCUAUAUAAAUAGGUGUAAUUUAGUUAAUUAUUAUACCUCCAGAUACAAAGUAUAUAGUGGCUAUACUGGAGUCACUUGUGUCUGUAACUCAUGUCAGCUCAAUACCUUCUAAACCUCUGUGAAGAUUUUCAAAAAACUAGAAUCUAUUGUUAACCUUAUUUAAAAUGACAUGCAAGCUAUAGCCUGAGGUUAAAGAUCAAAUUGCCUAAUUAUGCUUGCUUCAUAUUUUCUUAACUACUGGAUGAGUUUUCGUAAAAAUUAGCAUCAAUAGGAGAGAUCGUGUUUAUAUACAAAUCCAUUGUAUUUUCUAUUUUUAGAACUGAUAUGACAGUGAUCGGGUGGACUGACGUCGAAAGUCCAUGUUUUUUGUAAACAGUGAUAUUUUUCUAACGGCCUAAACUUUCUUAAAACACAAAUUAUAUCAUAAUUUUUUGAUCAAUUGAAAGGUUAUAAAACAAGCAAUAUAUUAAUUACUUUUGAUUCUUAUUUCGAAAUAAAAUGGAUUAAUUACAAACGCUUAACUUACAGUGUAUUUCUAAGUUUUGAACAUCACUACGCCGCUAUUAAAAUUAUAGGUCAUUUAAAAUGGUUAUUCAUUUUAAAAAGAUAUUUGAAUAUGAAAAUUUUAAGUAUUUCAAAACUUUUUGAAUUUUUAAAAUCCAUAAAUGAGCGAAAAUGUUGUAAAAAUUUAAAAAUUUCGAUCCCAUACACAAACGAUGUAAAAACAUUUGUUUUGCCCACCACCAGAUAAACAGAUGUUAAUCCAUGACGUCACGGCAGUCACUCCUAUGUUAACCUCAUCAAGACAACAAGCAGAGUGCACAAUCCAGAAAAUUAGGUUCAAGGUCUAGGUCAUGCUUAUUGAUCACAUGACAUGAUCACAACCUUUUACUUUCUCUGAAUGAAAGCAGUUUUUUGAAAUAUUAACUGCCUUAAGUGAUAGCUCUAGUUUUUGUUUGAAGAAAUUCAGGUUUAAAACUUGUCUAAUAGACUGAUAUUUUUUGCAGUACAACUACAUGACGAACAUUUCAUUUGAACAACUUGUAGUGCCUUUUAUUACUGAACAAAAUUUUUCAUUCUUUGAGAAAAAUCUUCUGUAAGUAAAGAUAGUUUAUAUAUUUUUUUUUCUGUACAAUUUUCUGUAAAAUGACUCAUUAUGUAACAGGUUUACUGAUGUUAAGUGAAAUAUUAAAACGUAGAUCAUAAAAAUGCACAUCAGUUUGGUAAUCAGAUUCUAAUUACUAACAGUAAAAUAUUGUUAAGUGUUAAAGGUGUAUUGGGUUGAAAGGUCAUAAAAGUACAUGGUAUAAAAUGGAUUUGUAGAUAUUGAAACAAAUAAGUUUCCAGACAAAAUAUUUUUAUUAUACAUGUAUAUGAUUUAAUCUUAGGUACUUUCAACUGCUGGUCAGUUAUUAUUUACAGCUCACACCAUUGUAUAUACUGUCAUUAUUAUAAUACUUGGUAUUGUUUCUGAAGGCAGUAAAUGCUGAGAGUCAGUCUUCUAUCUUACAGCCAAUCAAGACAGCUUAAUAGCUUAACCCUUAUCCUGCUAAAUUUCUAUAUUGAACUUGUCCAUCUUUCAAUUUGGACAGUACUAUUAACUAGUAAAAGGGGUGUUUACCAAAAAGAUACUGACUGAAUAGCGAUCAGUGCAGAUCAUGAUCAGACUGCACUGAUGUGCAUGCUGAUUAUGAUCUACACUGGUCACAAAGACAGAAACAAUCGUGUCCAGCAUGAUAAGGGUUAACCUUGUUUCAGUUUAACUCAGUCAUAUUGAUAAUUACAGUAUGUAAAAUAUUUUUAGCUAAAUAAAUGAUUUCUCUCCACACA